AGAAGCAUUUCCCCUGGGAGAAAAGCGAGGGGAGGAUAAACGAGCGAGAGUGGGAGUGAAGACAAGACGGAGAAACCGGGAAAGAAAGACGGGAAGAGAAGCAACACGUACUGUAAGAUGCAUUUCCAGGGUGGAUACCUGUGGAAUUUGACCUGUAGAGAGGAGAAGUCUUCUCAAGCAGAGAAUUUGAAGUGUGUAGGAUUGAACUGACUUGCAUGCAGGUCAGGUCAGGAGAGGAGAGCACUGCACAGCAGCACACGUACCUCCUCUUCGACUGGGCAUUCAGGCUCAAGAGAUCCAUCCAGCUGGUCCACUUCAGAUAUAACCGCUCCUACUCAAUCCAGGAAGCACAAACUUCCUUGUCUAAACCUACCAGCUGGUUUCUGUCAUAUGGUUUUUUGUGACUGCUGUCACUAGAAAUAAUAGCAGCCCAGUUUGGCCAAGCUUCACACUCCCUCCCUUCAAUGUGGGGGAGGUUCUUUCCUCUGUCUGCAGCCAGGCUAAGCAGUGAUACAGUACAGUUCAGCAUUCUUGCUGUGCUCUGGGUGUAGUAGGAUCUUUCAGUCACACAUUCCAGACAAUCUGUGCUUGGAGAUGAUGCUCAGGAUACCUUAUGGCUGAGCUCGGAGCUGAAUGACAACUUAACACUACUGGGAAAGAGUGAGACGAAGAGAGAGUGAGACGCCAUGACGGAACACGCAGAGCUGUUGGCCGAGAUGCCAGCGGUGGGUCGCAUGACGACGGCGGAGCGGCUCAAACAUGCACAUAAAAGGCGCGCACAGCAGCUGAAGACCUGGGCGCAGAUGGAGAAGGAGGCCCCGCACAGGAGCAGAGGGGGGAAAGCCGGCAAGGAGGGGCGUCGUAUCUCCUUCCCAAACAACGUGACCCUGCUGGAAGCUGCAGCCAGGAACGACCUUGAAGAGGUGCGUGAAUUCCUGAAGAAUGGGGUCAGUCCGGACCUGUAUAAUGAGGAUGGACUCACUGCGCUGCAUCAGUGCUGCAUCGAUGAUUUCGAGGAGGUUGUGCGAGCGCUGGUGGAUGCGGGGGCCAAUGUGAACGCGUGUGACAGUGAGCUGUGGACCCCGCUGCAUGCCGCCGCCACCUGUGGACACAUGGGCCUGGUCGAGAUGCUCAUCAAACAUGGUGCUAACAUGCUGGCAGUGAAUGCAGACGGGAACAUGCCUUACGAUCUGUGUGAAGAUGAGGUCACCCUAGACUACAUUGAAACAGCCAUGGCUAACCAGGGUAUCACACAGGAGAGGAUAGACGAGUGCCGGUCCUCCAAGGAAAGGCAGAUGGUAGCUGACAUCAGGGCUCUGAUCCAGGCUGGGUGUGACCUCAAUGCGCAGGAUGAGAACGGAACAUCACUGCUGCACAUUGCCGCGGCUAACGGUUACCAGAGUUCAGCUGAGCUGCUGCUGGAGCACAAGGCAAGAGUGGAGGUGCGAGACAGUGAUGGCUGGAGCCCGCUCCAUGCUGCCUCCUGCUGGGGACAGAUCCAGAUUGUGGAGCUGCUGGUUGCUAAUGGAGCCAACUUGAAUGCAAAAUCUGUCUUGGAAGAGACCCCACUAGAUGUGUGCUCGGACGAGGAGGUGCGAGCCAGGCUGCUGGAUCUGAAGCACAAACACGAUGCCAUCGUGAAGUCCCAAGACAGACACAAGAGUGCCCUGCAGAGGAGGGCCUCCAGUACGGGGAGCAGAGGGAAGGUGGUCCGUCGCGUCAGUGUGAAUGAACGUUCAAAUCUGUACCGCCGUGAGCAUGAGAAGGAAGCCAUUGUGUGGCAAGAGCGAGGCCGACAGCCGGAACCGCAGGACGAUGAUGAGGACAGACAGACGGACGCAGAGCUCCGCCAUCACUCCUCAAGUUCUGGUCUAGACCCUCAAGGUGAGUCAGCACAGAGGGAGAGCGAUGAAGGGAAGAGAGAGCCAAGCGUGGCGAAUGGAUCUACAUCUGCCUUGCCCAUGGAGCCUCAAGGGAGCUGGCUGGACCACAGCGCCUCCUACCAGCUGGCCACGGAGGAGCCAGCGGAGGGGGACCUGAGCCGGGAGAAAUCCCACCACACCCUGGCAGACCUGAAACGGCAACGUGCCGCCUCCAAGCUGUACAAACACCCCUCUACCACCGGGGACAACAGUGAGGACCUGCCUCCACUGGAGCCCCCCCGGGCAAGCACAGAGGCCAGCACAGUCGAAUACACCCCCUCCAGCGCAGACCCUCCCCUGCUGAAACUAAGAGCCCCUGAAGAGGAGCCCCCACCAGAAAAGCAGCGCUGCUGCUACCUGAUGUAACUCCACAGCUUUUUACGUCACUGCUUCACACCAGACCCUCUCUGUACUGUGCAUUCAAGAGAAAGGGAUCGCUGGCCCUCGUAUAGGUCCUUACCCUGCUGGGAUGAACACAGGAGAGCUUGCUCCAGACACUGUUCUCUGUGCUCUAAUGAAAAAGUUAUUGCUGGCACAAAGAGUGUUAACUUACUGGGAAGAUUGAGAAAGAUAUCAGACCACAUGGGUCAUUACUGGUGGGGGUGGAGAACGAUACACUAAUGUGACGAUACAUAUCCCGAUACUUGUGUUUGUCCGGGCAGGCUACUUGUAUGACGCAUAAGAUCAAAUGAUCAUUUAAUUAUGGACUAUGUUAAACAAUAAACAUUUUAAAUGAGGUGACAUUCAAAUACCAACUAUACAACACACUUAAUUCAAGAAUGAUUUGAUGAACUACAGUGAGCUUUAUUGUGCUUUUGGUCUUGUAUAGCAAUACAAAUGAUACAUACCUCUAUUACUGUAUGAUAUAUCAUUUAAAGAAAGAAUCGCAAUUCAUUGAUACACAUUGAAUCGUUACUCCCUUAGUCAUUAACCUAUAGAGAUGAACAUAGUAGAACUUGCUUAGUGUAAGACUUGCUUGGUAUAUUUGAGCUGAUCCUGACAUUGCUGUGAGCAUCAGUCAUGUAUUACCUAUGCUCAGGUGAGCUCUGGUUAGCUCAGGAGAGGUGUGUUGGGGAUCAUAGUAAACCAUGGGGUAGCAGCAUUUGUUGGUGGGUUGUUGUUGCUGCAAUUUGACAUAUUAUCUAUCUCAUUGAAAGAGUUUCUAAAGUUUUAUAAUGUUAUAUUGAUGCUUAAUCAAGUUUUCUAAAUGCAAUAGCUUCUGCCUUCUAUUAUGAGGAAGAAGUGGUUUGCUACCCUAUUUUUUUUAUAGCUGUUGAUCAUAAUUAACACAUUUCUAAUGCACAGACAAAUUGCAUAUAAAUGACACUUUACAGGUGGCAGCUGUCGUUGAUCUUAACUGUGCCCUGUGGAAAUGUUGGUUGAACUUUCAGCGAGAUUUGUUUUGGGGGAGGUCGGGGGCAGUUGGCAGCAGAAUUGGUUUUCUUAUUAUGUAUUGUUGAGGCUUUUGUAAUAAAGCACUGGGGCGAGAAGGUUAGGGGUUUCAGUACUUCAGAUCUGAGGACUGGGGAAUCCGAUAUGUUGGGAUCUUUAAAACCAGCAAUUUACAGCUGAUUUGUAAUCCAGUAAACCUAAAGCUCUGCACCUAAAACCAGCUACUUGAAUUCAGUGAACUCAGUAAUAGGAUUCAAGAGCGAGGGAACUCUGCAGCUAUGAGUACAGAAUUCAAAACGCUAGUGGUAAAGACAUGACCUGAAAGGCUGCCAAUUCAGUAAAUGAGAGGCUGUGUGGUAUAGGGGAUCAGAGAGCCAGCACAUUCCAGUCACUCAGUAAAACAAGAAUACAUAGGAAUGACGGGUUGGCCAUUUGGCCCAUCUAAGCUUGAUCUUAAAGGACCCCAAUGAUUUGGCAUCAACAGUAUGGCUGGGUUACCCCUUUUCCAUCCACUCAACCCUCUGUGUCUUAAGAAGUGUGAACUCUAGCCCUCAAUUGACUGCUCAACAAUAUCCCUAAACUGUAUCUAAAACCUGCUGUUUUUCUCAGCCUGUGUCAUGAAUCCUGUUUCUUGAGUACCACUAGCAUUGCCCUUUCAGGUUCCCUGCAGUGCGGAAUAGAGCUUUGCCAGCUCAGAAUGGAGCCUGUCCAAUUCCAGGAGUGUUACUUUGUGUUCCAGAAUUGAUCUGUUAGGAGGAUGCUUUCUGGGUCAGUGGGUAUUCAUGGAUUCCACUUUGACUUAUUUAUUUGGCUGAGCGUGACCAAAUUAAGAGAUUCAUAGUUCUAGAAGAAUUAUAGAAUUGUUUCUUUUUUUUAUCAUAAAUUAUUGUUGUAUUUGAUUUAUUUUAAUACAGGAGAUAUUGCCUGGUUUCCAUGGAUGUGAUUUUUUGUUUUUUAAAUAGAAUAAAAUUAAGUAGAUAGGGUAUAAUAUACAGUAGAACU